AUGCAGUCUGACGUCCUCUCACCUGUCGCGGCAACGCCGCACCGAGACAAGGCUCCAGGACUCCCGCCGGCGGCGUGCGAGGCCCGAGACGAGUUUGCCGGACCUGACGAUGGGUCAGGCGUGACCUGCGUAACGACGUCUGCCUCCGCGCUCUCGUCAACUGCCGCGACUGUCGCGUCUCCGCUGGCGGGUCACGUUGCGAGUGGGGCUGCCGCGCCGUCGUUCGCCUCCUUCACCGCAGGGUCUCUCCAGAGUUGUCCCUUCCUCUCGCUCUGCGCCCCCGCCAGCGUGGCGAGCGGCUUGCCGCCCGCGGAAGGCGAGGCUGCAGCCGCCGGCGCCGCGCGCGUAGAGGACUCGUUUCCCGCCGCCGCGGUUGGCCCUCUGUCGCAUCCACUGGCUGCGCGGCGCCUCGUGCCCUCCGCGGCCUCGUUCGCGCCGGCGCCGCCCUCCUCGCGCCUCCCGCCCGCUGGCGGCGAGGGUGAUGCGUGCCCGGUCGCUGCCUCAGGGGCCUCUGGCAAGGGAAACGACGAACUCGCUGCGGCUCACUUCGAAGGUCGCGUAGCGGAGCGCAGGGGCGUCCGGCCCCCCCUGGGCAGUGCUCCGCCGCUGCCGCCUCUGACUCACCCGGCCGCGCACCCUCCGCCUCCGUCCUCCUCGCGGGGAGACCGGGCGGUACACGGGCGCCAGUUCGCCGCGACGUUGCUGAGGGUCCCGCAGCAAGACGCGCACUUUCCGGACCUCGUGGCCUCGUCUCCCUCAUCGCAGGCUUCAGCCUGCAGCGCCUCCUCAUCUUCCUCGUUUCCGCCGUUCCACGACCCAGCAUUCUUUUCUCAAAUUAUGGGCGGAGCUGCCGGGGCUGGCGAGAUGUAUUAUGGACAACCCGCGUUCGGGCGCCCGCCUCCAGGCUCGGCGCCGGCGCGACCUCCGCCGCCGCAGGCGGCCACUGGCGGUGACAGUGGGUGCGACGACGGCGAAGGCUCGGCCCUCUCAGCGCCUCAUUCCGCCUCAACCUCCGCUUCGCUGACGGGCGAAGGCUCGGGACGCGAGGCGCGUGCAGCGUCUUCCUCCGCGACUGCUUCGGCCGACGCCCGGAGCCUGGGCCGCGCAGACUCGGCGGCUCGCGGCCCCGCCCCCGGCGACGUCGUGGGGCAAGUCCCGCAGCUGCCGUCGCUCUUUCAGCACCCCGCCCCGCCUCUGCCGCAUCUCCCCUGCACGCCGCGCCCUGCACACGGCGCCGGCGGCCCUUCUUCCGCCUCGGUAUUGGCUUCGGCCUCUUCGCCGUUUCCCUCCUUCGCAUCCCCCCUCGCACACACUGCGGCUCCGGGAGCGGGCCUCGCGGCGCGAGGGGGCGAGGGCCGCGCCCCCGGCGCGCCCCCGCUCUGCGGCGAGUUCGCGUCCCCGCGUGCGUUGUCGGCUUCUCCUGUCUCAGUCGACGCUGCCGUCCCCUCCUGUCUUGAGGCCCUGGGAAGUCUGGCAGGCCCCACUGGAGCGGGCGGGCUGCUGCAGGGCAGCUGCGCCCUCCCGCGACAAACACCGCCGCCCGGGAGGGAGGCCAACCCAGGUUUUGGGGGGGACAAGCUCCUGGCUGCCGGCGCGGCGUUCUCGCGAGGGGGUUGCAGCCGCGCAGGCGGCGUCGCGGGCGGCGCUGGGGACGGCCUGCAGACUUCGUCUCUCGGGGCUCUGCCACAGGCGACGGGCGGGGCGGCAUGCUUCGUCUCGGCUCUCCCGUCCACGAGCGCGUCCCCUCCAGCGCCGGCCUCGCUCACGAGCCUCGCGUCUCCGGGGGCCGCCCCCACGCCGGGGCAUGGGGGCGACCAGGGGGUUGCGCGGUGCAGGGGCGGCGGCGGGUUCUUCUCCUUUCCGCCGCCGUCUGCAGCUCCUGCUGGCUGUCGACCCCCGACCGGGUCGCUGCCCCCGUCGUCGAGCGCUGCGGCGCCGGGCUUCCCUGAUGGGGCGGUGCCCUUUGGCGCCUCCUACGCAUCGUGUCAUCUGUCCAAAGGCCCGCCCGCCUCUCCGUGCCCUUCAUCAGUUUCUUCGCAUCCUUCUCGCCUGCUGGCCCUCCAGGCUUCGUCUGCCUGCGAGGCCGCGCUGCCUGGCCCGGAGGCGCCGCAGCCCUCCGGCUCGGCGGGUGCGUUUAUUGGGUCUUCCCACGUGGCGGCCUCCGCUCCCCGCCCUGCGCCUGUCUUCUGCCCUUCAGCACUCGCCCCGCCCCUGCGGCAUCCCAUGUUUUCCUGCUCGGCGUCUCCGUCAUCUGCGGACGCCACCAUGCAUCCCUCGCAUCUGCUUCGCGGCCCCUGCGCAGGCUCGGGUUGCCCUUCUCCCCACGUGCCGCAGCAGUCGGCGAGCGCGCACGCGCCCUUCCCCAGCCACCAGGCGUCGUUCGCCGCGGCGCUGCCGGCGCAUGGGCAGUCCCUCGCGGGACCCCCGGGUUCUGCAACGGGCGCCGGAGGCGCGCCCACGACCGCGACCGCGCUGUGCUACCACGCGGACCCCGCAUGCGGCGGGGGGCAGGCGGGAAGCGGAGGGAGGGGCAGUCAGGCGCUCUCCCCGCAGCAGCCCACGGGCUCGCCCUUCGCCGCCAGUGUGCAACACGCCGCAGCGCAUCUGAUUCCUCCCAACGCCGGGCUCGCGGCCGCGGCGCUCAGCGCACUCUGCAGCGCCGGCCUCAACCCGGGAUGCGACCUUUGGCACGCGAAGCAAGUCCUCUGCCAACGCGAGUCAAGGCCCCUCAGGCUCAGCCGAUUCGAGAUGGUGGAGGCCUACGCAAAAUCGACGCUGUGCCUGUCCUGCGACUCGAUGGAGCACAAGAUUACGAACUGCCCCUUCGGCGAGUUUGUCUGCCCGAACUGCCACCGCUCGUCUCACAGGGGCGAGCACUGUCCACUCCCGUGCAGAUUCUGCUUCGAAUGUCACUCCGGCAUCUCGGUGAAUGAGUGCAUUCGGCGCACUGCGCGGCAGCCGCUGGAGCGUUUGCUCGGUGUGAAGAUGCCGCUGGACGCCUCGCUGUGUCGGUCAGGGUCUUCGGGGGCGUUUUCGUGCGCGUCGGCGGACGGCGCGUGUCGCAGCGGGCGCUGGACAGCGGAGGAUCUUUCUCAGCACACGGCGGACAGGCCGAACACGGCUCACGGACGCAGCGUCUACGUGUCCAACAUGGUCCCUGGUACUACGAAGGAGGCGCUGCGCACCGCGAUCAACCUGCUUCUGGAGCACGGCUACGUACUGUCCGUUGAGAUGCGCGAACGCAGCAACCUGCAGCCUUACGCGUUUGUGGAACUCUCCACGCUGCAGGCGGCCUACGAGCUCGUCCAGCAGAAAAAAACCGCGCUGGUGAUCCGCGACCAACAACUCAAAGUGCAGUUCAAAAAAAUCGGCCUCACCUGCACCUCCUCCUCGCGCCUCCUACGCCUGCCCUCCGCCGCCGGCGCCCCCGGCGGUGACGCCGCCGCGGCGGCUGCCGUCUACGCGUCAGCUGGCUGGCUGCCUGACGCAGACGUGAACGGCGACGACCUCAGCCACGCCCGCGCGGCCGCGGGCGAUAGCCAGCAGGCGCAGCAGCUGGCGCACGCACUUCUGCGGCAGAGCACCGAACCGUUCCUGCCUACGGGGCAGUCGGUUCACGAGGUGUGUCGACUGGUUGCCAUCAAGCUCGCGAAGGACUACGGGCUCUCCUCGCCUCUCCUCCUCGACGCGAUGGCCUCGUCCUGCUUCUUCGCCUCUUCGGCGCGGCAGACGGGCGUCGUCGCGGGCGCCGCCGCCCAGCACCCGCCCCCGCUGGGCUUGCCUUUCGCGUCUUGGCCCGCGACGACGAACGCACUCGCCCUCGCCCCUCCUCCGCAGCCGGCGCAGCCGUCGCCGGGUCAGCCGCACGCUGCGCUCCAGGCGUCGGUGGCUCCUUUCGCCUUCGCGAACUCCGCGUUUGGCUCUGCCGUUGCGGGGCGCGCAGUGGAAAGAGUCGACGACGAGCCUGCAGGAGGCUUCCCCGGCGGCCGCGACCGCUGCGGAGGCGAGCAGAGGCCUGUGGACUUCGCGAACGCAGCCGUGGCCACCGCGGUGCGGUCUGCCCCCCCCGCACCGUUUUCCGCCGGGGGGGGAGGUCGCCCGAGUGGCGCCUCGCCGCCCAGUGCGCCGGCGAGUGGCUACCCGCAGGCCUCCGCCAGCUACGCGUGGCAGGCGCACGCGUCCGCCUUCGCCUCGCCUGCGUCGCUUUCUUCCUCCUCGUCAAUUCGCCAGCCCCCACAUGCCGGCGGCAGAGACCUGGGGCCUGCGAGCGCCGGCCACGCGUACCCGCCGAACGGAGCGCGCGCGAGCCUUCCGUCCGCCGCAAGUCAACCCCGCGGGUGUCACGACAGUACCUUGGACUCUUCAGGCGCGUCAGGGAACGACGGAGGAGAGCUCAGAGACGAGCGGGCUGGGUUUGCAGUGCCCCUGGCGGCGCUGACCCCAGAGCCACGAUUCUCUGCGAGUUACUUGCCGGGGGGGGGAGAGCGUGGCGCAUUCAGUCCUCCUCACGCCGCCUCGACGCACGCGACUUCAAAGGACGCGAAGAAAGGAGGAGGUUUGCACCCGACGACAGCAGAGUCAGCGCUUUCGCGCGGAUUCGUCGGCUCCAGCGCGCUCCCCUUCCGCCCGGGCGGCGCUGAGAAAGUCGCUCAGACUCACCACGAAACUGCAGUCACCCAGAGUCGGUCGGCGGCCCUUGCGCACAGUGCGCGUGCGUCUCUGGCGCUUGACUCUGAGCGGCUGGUGGGCGCAAGCGACCAGGCGAACGGCAGACGAAGCCACGACGUCGAAAGAUUGGCGCUCGAAGGACAGGAACGGGGGCCGGCGGCCGCCGCGAGCGAGCCCCGGGGCGAUGCCUUGUGCGCGGGCGUGCGGCGUACGGAAGGGGCAGGCGUUGCAGGCGGCGAAGGCGAGACACGAGGGAUGCGGAAAGCAGAAGGGGAAGGGAGCGGCUUGAGGGGAGACGCCAGUCACUACGAAUGCUUGCGUCGAGACUCUGGCAUGCAGAAGUUCCUGUCGGAUGCCACGGAGUACGUCCAGAGUGCAAACGCGCAUCUCACGACGGCGCGCAGCACGCUGCCCAGCGACGGGAAUGGCGACUCUUCAGAUAAAACGAGGAACAGCCAAAUUCAAUCUGCAGACGCCAGUGCCAACCGGGAAAAGGAGCUCUUCAGCAUGUACGCGAGAAGUGAAGCGCGUGCACACAGCUUCGCGGGGAACGCCAGCGGACGAAGUGCAGCGGUCUCCUGGGAGGCGGAGUCCGGUAGCAGAGGGAAUCAGGUCCAAGCCGCUGACGCGGCAACCGCUGCGCGCUUCACGUCUUUCUCGUCCUUUCCUGCCUCGUUGGCAUCGUCGCUCCCCUCUUGCACGGCGUCUCUAGGCUUGCCCGGCGCGCACGCAGCGGCAGGCGCGGCCGGGGAGCGGACGGACGAUUCCGCCGGGACGCGUCCGUCCGUGUACGUACACCGGUCGCCGGGUGUCUUGGCGCCCGCCGCCGCAGGCGCCGCGUGUUCGUAUCCGUUCUCAUGUGAGCAGCGUGAAGCUGCGCGCCCCCCACUGGGGCAUCUGCGAGACGAAUUCGGUGCGAAGGGUUCCGAGCGCAGCGCUCGAAAAGGAAGCGCGUCCAACUUGGCAUUUGUGGGUCGCGUUCGCCAGCCACCGCACACGCCACCUCCUGGUCUGGAGCUGCGCGGCGGAGGCGCCGUGGCCGUCUGCCAGUCGGGCGGGCCGCACGCCUCCGCAGCCCCUGAAUUUCCGCCGUUUCUGUCUUUCGCGGAUCAGGCGGCCGGCGCCGGCGCGCCCUCACGCAGCAGGCGAAGUGAGGAGGGGAUGCCGCAGGGGGAUGCAGCGGGUGCGGGGGGCCGCGAAGGCAGCGACGGCCGGGAUGUGGAUAGAGAGGCAGGAGGCGACAAGCGGGAGGGUGCCGGAGGGACAAACUCGCAGAAGGCUCCUCAACGUGGAGGAGGCGGAAAAUCGGCAUCGGCUGCGAACUCGAGAGACGCCGAGAGAGGAGCUUGCGCCGGCGAGGAAGGCUCGCCUGCGUUGUGUUCGUUUUUUCUCUCGGCGUCAGGCGACGGGGGGAGCUCGCUGGAUGGGGGGGGCGUUGUCUCGGAGGGGCCGGCGACCCCGAAGAAGCUCCCCUCGCUCGCGAGUCGACCCACACAGUUGUCUUUUUUCUCUGAUGCUUCUUCGCUGGGAUCGUCGUCCUUGUCGCUCGCGUCCACGGGCGGCGUGCGGCACUGCGGCGCCUCGGCGCGUGGCGGGGAAGGCGGUGGCGCGCAUGCAUCGCGGAACGGGCCUGCAAAUGGCUUGACGGCCUUCUCAGGAGUUCUCACGCCCCGGGCGCUGGCGACGACGGAUUUUGAGGACGCGGGGCGAAGUGCGCGCUCGCUGGGCGCCGAGUUCCAUCACCUCUCGCUUUCGCAGCAAAGCACAGACGAAGACACGCUGCCUGCGCAGUCGGAGUUGCACCUGUCGUUCCUGUCCUCUUCGGACCUCUGGGGCUCUGCGCGUUCCACCGCCGAGGAAGAAAGGAUGUUCGCCGACGGCGCGCGCGACGACGCACUCGGCGAAGCGUCGCCGAGUCGUCUCCUCUCGUCUUCCUUCUCCUCCUUCGCGUCGCUCUCGUCUUCGUUCUCCUCCGCGUCGCCGCUGCCGUUUGUGGCCUUCUCCGACCAGACUGCCUCCUCCUCGCUCUCCACGCUGCCGGCGCUGACUUCGCAGGCCGAGGGCGCUGCGAAGAGAGCGGAGGAGGCGCGCUGCGCGCGCGCCGAAGAAAAAGGCUGUGCGUCGCCGAGCCUCGACGGGGGCGGGGGCUUGCAGACCCCCGCCAGCGAAGAGGGCCUCUGCCGCGGCGAACGGAGGGACGACGCCUCUGAGCGAAGGGGAGAUGACGCCCGACCGUUCGAUCGAACUCGGCUAACUGGCGGGAAGCCGCUGGCGAGUGUCUGGGUCGAGGCGUCGCAGGAGGCGCCGGCCGGGCGCACAGCGGAGGAGACUGGUCUGCAUUUUUCGUGCUUUGCGCAGAGUCAGGGCGGCGUCUGUGGCGACGAAGCGCUGGGCAAGAGCCGAGGCACAACGGGGGGCGGCGCAGUGGGUCAUGUAUCGUGCGCCUCGGCGUCGCUUCUGGUUCCGCUCUCGCUGAGCACAGGCAGCACGGAGGAAGAAGAUGAAAGCGAGCGGCAGGCCGCGAGCCAGAGCAAGGCGAAGACGCUGCUGCCGCACCUCCUCGCCGACGGCGGCCUCGCGCCCCAUCUCGACGAAAGCGGGAAGAGCCAGGCGAAGGCCCUUGCGACCCCGUUCCUCCCCCUGUCCUGCAGAGGCUACCGCCGCCCCUCAGCGAAGGGCGACGGUACGCAGGUGGAGGACGGGGCAGCGACGGGCCGCAGCCGCGACCCCCGCGAAGAUGUCGAAAACGCCGAGCAAGCAGAAGAGAGAGCGGGGGAGGAGGAGGCACAGGAAAACACGUCGACUGCCUGGCCGCUGUCACUGCGUUCUUCGUCCUGCUCGUCGCCGUCGUCGCCCUCGGGGUCUCGGACCGGUGACUCGAAGGCAGAGACCAAGCUGCAGCUGGGCGACGCCGGCGGAACUCCGGCGUCGCUUCGCUUCAACGUGAAGCUCGAAGAAGCCCUGAGCAUCGGCGACGCGCCCGACGCUGGCGGCCUCGCGCGCCUCCACGAUCGUCCGGCGGCGACAGUGGCCUCGUCCAGCAAUGAGACGUACGCAUUCUGCUUUUCCUCGCUUGCUUCCUCCUCCGCCUUUUCCUCGUCGGCGGAGACUGCCGGCUCCAAGGGUGAACCCGCGCAUCCCAUUGGGGCGCGCCGCGGCGGGCCAAAUGGCGGCGACCGCGUGGACGCGAAGGGGCUCGUACUGCAGGGGGGGGGAGACACGCCUGGCGCCUUCGCCUUCCCGGCUCUGUUGGAGGCGCCGCAGCAGACCUGGGGCCGCGCGCCCGAGGCAGACAGGCCCGCCAAGCCGUCGAACUUCGCAAGCGCUUCUCCGCGAUCGGUUUUCCCGCCGAAAGAUCGUCCGUCUCCGUCUGCGGUGUUCGCCCUCGCAGACCGCUGUCCUGCCUCGAUUCUGCCGCAACACGAGACGACGAUGCAGAGGCCGGCGGACGCCUCUCCUGGCGCCUCUAGCGAGAGGCGCGCGGGCGCCGGGGACUCAGCGCCGACGUUGAAGGCCGUCAAGCGCUUCCACGAAGCGAAGGACGACGGGAAAAGCGCCGGCGGGGGUGUUGGCGUGCCGCGGCCUGCCCCGAGUUGCCCUCUCGCGCUGCCGUCUCUGCUCUCUCACCGCGCCGCGCAUCAGCAAGGCCUGCCGCCGCUCGUCGUGUCGGCGCUCGCGUCGCCGUCCUGCUGCGCUUCGGCUGCCUCGCACUCGGCCGCCUUUCCGCGCUUUGCCUUCUUCGCCGCGGCCGCUGGAGAGGACAGGCGGCAGGCGCGAGAGGGCGGAGGCGAAGGCGCCGGGCCGCCCCGAGGCGCCGCGACGCUCCCACGCGACGGCGAGAAUGAGUCGCGAGCGCCGAGGCCGGAGGAGAGCCGCAGGGACUCCGCAAGCGCGCACCAGACAACUGAGGCGCGGGCGGGGCUCGAGGCUCCAGAGGGCGACGGCUCCACGGCGCAGAUGAGCGACGCGAGGGCGUGGGCGACAGAGACGCCGGAUGAAGCCGCGCGGGCGCGCGCCUCUCCGGAGAGAGCUGCAGCGCCUGAGGCGCGCGGAAGAACUAGCGAGCGGGCGCGGCACGUGCAUGCGCGGCUGCGAGAGCGGAACGCACCGGGAGAAAGUGUCGCGCGCGUGGAGGAGACGGGGGCCGCAGCUGGGGGGCAGGAAGGCGACGCUGUGUCUGAAGGCGUCGUGAGCGUCGUCGUGCGCAGGGCAUUUGUGGGUCUGCGGCGGGACGAUGCAGGGAGGAGGCGGGGCGGCUCCGACGCGGCAUGUGCUGCUUUCGCGAGCGAGUCGCAGGACGGCGAGCGGCCGCGCGCGGAGACUUUCGAGCUGAGCGGCGCGUCGCCCAGCGCGCACCGAUCAGUUCCGCUCAGUGGAGCCUCGCAGACUCCACGCCAUGCCAUUUGCAGCCAGCCGUACGUGUGCGGAUUCGCUGCUUGCGCCUCGAUGAGCGGGCCUGCGGACGAGUGCGAGGGCUGGACGAGGCCUGGCGGCGAAGUGCCCAGUCGAGACUGCGACGAAGUCGAGGCAGCGCAGGACGUUGGCGCCGCGGCUGCGCGAUCCAAAUUCAUUACGUCGAUGCCGGAUGUGGGCUGCGGCGUGACUGUCGCGGGGGGAAGCGACGAGGAGGCGGCAGGGCGUGCAGGGCUGCUGUGCGAGGGGGUCGCCGCGCGUCUGACGCGCGGCGAGUCUGCCUCGCACGAUCUCGAGGAGAGAGACAAAGCCGCCGGAAGGGAGGGAGACGAAGCGGUGGCCGCCGCCGGCGCCGCGCGCAGGGGACCGCGGAGGCACACGCUGCGAAGGAAAAGCAGCGAGGAGGCGGCCGCGGGACUUGGCGAAGCUGACACGUCUUCAGCCGGCGGCGCUUCCCCGCACAAGGGCAAAGCGAGGGCCGUUGACGAGCUAGCCAAGCGCGAGAGUGAUGCCGCCGGGGGAGCAGGCGCCCCCGCAGCGGUCGAUAUGGCAACUCUACUCGAUCGAAUCGACGACAUCACGCGGCAGCUGCCGCCCUCCGUGCUGGAUGCGGUGCUGUCCGGCCUCUCCUCUGCGCGAGGCCCAAACGCGCCGGCGGACAACUGA